CUUUGAGGGAAGGCCUGUCCCUGCCCCUUUAAUUUUCCCUGGGCUUGUAAUGCAUGUGAGUUGGGCUAGCUAGCCAUCUCUGUGAGGUCAGAUAAGAUACUAUAUAUAUCAGAGUCAGUAACUUGAGCACCAGAUUACGCAGCCUAGAGUCAUACUCCAGCCUCCCGGCUCUCCACUGCACUCCUGGCCCAGCUGGGGAAGGAGAAGCCCCCAGAUCCUGUCCAUUUCCCCCGCAACACAGCCCAUGAGGCUCCCAGUCCCCACUGAGUGCAGCCCUGAAGGAUGUCCCAGCUCUCCUCCACUCUGAAGCGCUACACAGAAUCGGCCCGCUACACAGAUGCCCCUUACGCCAAAUCAGGCUAUGGCACCUACACUCCCUCUUCCUACGGGGUCAACCUGGCUGCCUCCUUCCUGGAGAAGGAGAAGCUUGGUUUCAGACCGGGCCCACCAACCAGCUUCCUCACCCGCCCCCGUACCUAUGGCCCAUCCUCCAUCCUGGACUAUGACAGGGGCCGCCCCCUGCUGAGACCAGAGAUCAUCGGGGGUGGUAAGAAGGCUGAGAGCCAGACUCGGGGCACUGAGCAGCCUUCAGGGAGUGGACUCAGCGGGGGCAGUGGAUUCCCUUAUGGAGUAACCAACAGCUCCCUGAGCUACCUGCCCAUGAAUGCCUGCAACCAGGGGGUAACCCUCACCCAGAAGAAGUCAAUCAGUCAGUUAGACCUGGCCAGGGAUUUCUCCAGCCUGCGGACCUCAGAUAGCUACCGGACAGACUCUGGGAACCUGGGCCGCAGCCCCAUGCUGGCCCGCACACGCAAGGAGCUGUGUGCCCUGCAGGGGCUCUACCAGGCAGCCAGCCGCUCUGAGUACCUGUCUGACUACCUGGAGAACUGUGGUCGAAAGGGCGGCACACCUCAGGUGCUCACCCAGGCCCCUCCCUCACGAGUCUCUGAAGUCCUCAGCCCCACCUACCGACCCAGUGGCCGUUCUACUCUGUGGGAGAAGGGUAAAUGCCAGACCCCUGGGCCCAGCCGCCCUAGCUCCCCAGGGCGAGACACCAUGGAAAUCCACUUCAGGACCUGUGCACUUGAUGAUGGCCCAGCAGUCCUCCCAGAAAUGUUCAGCCACCCUCAUAUACACUGCCACUCUUGCCCUCUACUUUUCCACCCAACAUGCCGAGGCCCCAUGCAGGCCCUGCCCCAUCCUGGACUGGAAGCUGAGGCCCCAAGACCACCAGUGUUCCCUGUGAAUUCUAAGAGUGCCCAGGGUCUGGCUGGUCUUCGAAACCUUGGGAACACGUGCUUCAUGAACUCCAUCCUGCAGUGCUUGAGCAACACCCGGGAGCUGAGAGAUUAUUGCCUCCAGAGGCUCUAUAUGCGGGAUCUCAGCCACAGUAGCAAUGCACACAGAGCCCUCAUGGAAGAGUUUGCAAAACUAAUCCAGACCAUAUGGACUUCAUCUCUCAAUGAUGUGGUGAGCCCAUCUGAGUUCAAAACCCAGAUCCAGAGAUAUGCACCACGCUUCGUUGGCUAUAAUCAGCAGGAUGCUCAAGAGUUUCUUCGCUUUCUCCUGGAUGGGCUCCACAGUGCUGUAAACCGAGUAACAGUGAGGCCCAAGUCCAACCCCGAGAACCUCGAUCAUCUUCCUGAUGAUGACAAAGGGCGACAGAUGUGGAGGAAAUAUCUAGAACGAGAAGACAGUCGAAUUGGGGAUCUCUUUGUUGGGCAGCUAAAGAGCUCCCUGACGUGUACUGAAUGUGGUUACUGUUCUACAGUCUUCGAUCCCUUCUGGGACCUCUCAUUGCCCAUUGCUAAGCGAGGUUAUCCAGAGGUGACUUUAAUGGACUGCAUGAGGCUCUUCACCAAAGAGGAUGUGCUAGAUGGUGAUGAAAAGCCUACAUGCUGUCGCUGCCGAGCCAGAAAACGGUGUAUAAAGAAGUUCUCCAUCCAGAGGUUCCCAAAGAUCUUAGUGCUUCACCUGAAGCGAUUCUCAGAAUCCAGGAUACGAACCAGCAAGCUUACAACAGUUGUGAAUUUUCCACUAAGAGACCUAGACUUGAGAGAAUUCGCUUCAGAAAACACCAAUCACGCUGUUUACAACCUGUAUGCUGUGUCCAAUCACUCCGGAACUACAAUGGGCGGCCACUACACAGCCUACUGCCGGAGCCCAGUGACAGGCGAAUGGCACACUUUCAAUGACUCCAGUGUCACACCCAUGUUCUCCAGCCAAGUGCGCACCAGUGAUGCCUAUUUGCUCUUCUACGAACUGGCCAAUCCACCCUGCCGUAUGUAGCAUGAGGAGCUACAUCCAUUUCUCCCUUCCUCAUGGUGGUGGCCCCACACCCUAAGUUUUUUUAAAACAAACAAAAAAAAAAAACCUGACAAAUAAGAGAAAAAUAAAAUGAACUAAAGCUGCCGAGCAACAGUUGCUGCAGCCUGGUCAGGAUGUGGAGCUGAGAGCCAGGUGCACCUGAGCCAUGCCUAGCAGGGAGGAUCAACAGGACAUGGAGACCAGAGCCAGCACAGUACCUCCUUGGCUUCUAGUGUUUGCAUUUUUACACUUUCGGUUUUUUCCUGCGUGUAAUAAACCACAGAGGUAUAUGGGGAGAGCCUCCUGAGAAGAUAGCGCCCUCUGGAGCCUGCUGGGAGGGUCACUGCCUGGAAGAGUCAUGCCUGAGCCUGGAACCAGACUUCACCUGGACCCUGCUCUCUGGUCCAGAAGCAAGAAAAACACCCAUGAGCCAAGAGCCCUCUUAACGCUGCUAACUCCAGGGGGACAGACCAGGGGACAUCUUCCAAGAAAGCUGUUUUUGGUUUUUAAAAGGAUUUUUUUAAUUACCCUAACUAAUGUUUUCAGACUGGAAAUGCUCUCCAUCACACCUCUUCACAGCUGGGAUAUUGUGCAAGUCAGUUUUGUUUGUUGCUUUUUUUCUUUUUUUAAUUCUUCAAAUACAACUUUUCUAAUGCCAGCCCCCAGUGGUGCUAGGUAGGUGUUGUCCAGGCCCCAGGCACAGCCGCGGCAGACCUGGGAUCCAGCAAGUUUUGUUUUUGUUUGUUUUUAGGGAUUUUUUUAAAAUGUUUUGGAUGAUAUCUAGUUGCCUCUAAAAAUUGUGCCUUAUAGCAUUUGGGGACCAGGGGGUAACUGUCCCUCCCUGAAAUACCCUUCAGCCACUUCCCUUUUCCUCACGCCAUGUUCAGACUAGCUGGGAGAGAGAGGGGUUAUGUCCUUAGCCCCUGGCUUGUUUGCGUUGCAGAGAGAUGAAAAAGAGAGUAGGUACAAGGAUAUUUCUUACGAUAAUAGUCUAUCAAGUUCUUUCUGCCCACUUCCUCUAACCCACCCCUGGUCUCCUCUCCAGCUGUUUGAAGGACAGCACAAGCUCCUUACCCCUAGAGCUUCUCACCUUUAAUUUAUUCCCUCUUAACAUGCUUUUUCUCCCUGAUUUUCCUUCCCCACCCCUACCUUUUCAGAGCCUCCUGGACCAAGUUUCUCAGGGAUGCCCAUGACACCCCUCAGCUCCCCUUGACAUCAUCUUCAGUCCUACCCUGGGGGCUGGAGCUUGAGUAUUUUGAGACAUCUAGCCUCAGCCCUAGGAUUCUUGCCCAUGGGCGUGAUUUUGCCCUAAGCGGUUGGGCAAACUUCUUUGCUAUCCCAGGGAGUAAAGCUGUUCAGCACCAAGGCAAGGAGCUCUGUGCAUGGAGUUGGCCUGGCUUGUACCCCUUGUAGUCUGGAGCUUUCCAGUGCUCCCAGGAGGAGGAAUCAGAGAAAGACACCCCAAGUUUAACUGGCCUGACACCAUUCUCCAGGGAAGACCUAUGAACCUUGAGCCAAAGGGCUGGUGUACACUUGUUUACUGUGUAAGCAAGAGUAGAAGAACAUCUAAUGUACAGUGGAACCUUGUACAGAAUUACAGAAUAAAUAAUAGCUUUGAGAAA